AACAAGAGCAAGGCGGCGUAGGACAUGGAACAGCAGCAACCCAUCAAACCGAUACCACCGAAGCAACAACCGGAUCAACAGCACCACCACCACCACCACCACCACCACCAACAACAACAACAACAGCAACAAAAAUCGCAACACAACAACCACCAACACCACCAACAACACCACCACCAGCAACAACAACAACAACAACAGCAAUCGAAACAGCAAUCGGGAAAGGAUGAGGAUCAUCGGCAGUCGUCGGGAACGAGCGGCGGCGCCACCGGCGGCGGCGGCGGCGCAGGCGCAGGCGGCGGCGGCGGCGGCGGCGGCGAUGGUACUACAGUGACGAUCGCGGCGACAAACACGAACACAACAAACCCGAACCCGAAUAAUCCGAACACGAAUACGAAAACGAACACGACCAAGGGGACGAACAGAGGCACGGGCAAGGGGACGGGCGGCGUCGCGACCAGCCCGACGGCCGUGAACGUGCCGAAAUCGUACGCGUACGCCUGCCAGAAGAAGAUGAACCAUUACUAUCACCUGCGGCCGUUGCACCAGUACAGUGUGAUCGGCCGUUUCCUCGCGGACUACCGGCGUGUCACGAGGAACCUAGCGACAUCUGCGAACACCAUCGCCAACUCCUCCGCGCCGAACAGCCCGAAGAGCCUGCGUCGGAGCAAACUGGACCGCGAGAACCACGCAGCCGACCCGCUUCACUCCGACUAAGAGAGAGAGAGAGAGAGAGAGAGAGAGAGCAAAAGCAAGCAAGCCCGAGAGGCGCCGGGUCGCGGCGUCGCGCCGAGCCGGUCGUCUUCUACAAACAAGCAAAUAAACAAACAUAACAAAGAAACGAAUAAAAAAAAGAAAAAGAAAAACCGCGAUUCCGCGAAUCGUCGAUCUCACGAGCCGAAUAUAAUACGAGUCCGUCGGACUCGCGACGACGGACGACAAUCUUCUUUGUUGUCCUCUUCUUCUUUGGCCGGCGAGAAAUAAUGUUCCGGCUAACGGCGCCUGCGCGGCAGCUUAUAAUAAACCAAAGAUUUACACCGGGGAUGUGCGUGGAUGCGCGUUAUUAGCGUGCGCGAGGCUGAGAUAUACCAAAAAAGUAAAAAAGAUAGAGAAAAAAGAUAAGAGAUAUUAAAAUAAUGCGUGCGCGUGCGUGCGUGUGUGCUGAACGAUCGGGAGCGAUGUGCGGAGGAGAGGAGAAUCGAUGGAUGAUUAGAGAGGGAAAGAGAGA